GGACAUGCAAAUGAUGAAAAUGGAGGCGUAGUAUUGGAAGAAAAUAUCGAUACCAUAGAAAACACCAGAUUGGCUGCAUUAUAUAUUCUCAAGAUACAAGAAGAGUUCUCGAUGCCGAAGACUACUGUUACAAGUAUUAUAGAAAACACAAAAUCACUCAUUCAAGACACAUUAAAAACGGUGGAAACACAAGUAAAAAGGCGAUUAGGUAAUGAAAAUAUUUCGUGUCAAAAUGAGCCUGGGCUGCAAGAGAUUUUUGAAGAGAAAAACGCAAUAGCCAAUCCAUUGAAAAACUUGGAAACUGAAGCACAACGACGACGUUUUUACAAAGACAAUUUUGGAUUAAAGGAACCACGUAGAAUUAUUCUGGGUCAAAAGAGAGUCUUCAAAAGAAGAAAUGGUGUAUUAGAGCAAAUUCAAGUUAAUGAUGAGGCAUAUUAUAUACCACUUUUGGAUAGUCUGCAACAGCUUCUAAAUGACGACUUCAUUUUAGCAGAGGUCAGGUGCAUGGUCUUUGAAAUUAAAUAA